GGCGAAGGAAGUCCGAUUGCUAGCGUGGGUUCUCUCCUUCUGUGUUCUACAUUGUUCCUGUGAGUAGAACAUACAGUUUGGCAGCACUUGUACAGCGACAUCUACUGGCAGAUAUUCAUGCUAACGAAUCUACUAAGGGAAACAUUAAGGAAAUUAUGCAGAACCCCAAGACAGUCCACUCACUUGAGUCUGGAAGAAGAAGCCCCAUGGGAUUAUUCGAAAAAUUCCAGAUAGAAUCAUCUAAUGAGUGCUGCAGUGACCCUUCCCUUCAUGCAGAACUUGGUCCUCCUGGGAAAUCUCCAUCCAAAAGCAAGAGCAAUGAUCCAAAGGAGAGCAGCUUGUCAUGGGAAAUGCCAAAGAAAGGAGCUGAUCAAGGAAAAACCAUGCACUGGGUAGUGAAUUCAAACACCCUCUGCCCUUUUAUUCGUGAGGAUGACAAAAGUUCCUCUUUCCAUCCCAGCGGUGUGAAAAAUGUGUUGUAUAAAGUGGAUUCCCCUUACAGGCUCCUAGGAUCUUGGGAGAAAGGUUAUAGGGAAAUACAGAAGCUAGAGGAGCUGGAAGAUACUUUGGAAGAAGAAGAUGUUUUUCCCAUUAAAAGUGAAACGAGUGGAACAAGUGAAACAAACAAAGAUUAUCAGGAACUUCCCUCCUUGAUACCUAGUAAUAUCAGAGGUUUUUUGGAACCAUAUGCAUCUGAUCUAAGUGUCAAAAAGAGGGCAAGAGAUCACUUGCAGGUGAUGGCUAGUCAUUCAGCAGACCCAAAGGGGAAGCCAACUAGAAAGACCCAUAUAUCAAAGAAAAAUCAUGCUCCUGCUCCAGUGGCUGCAGGUACCUUGGAAAAUGUGCGAACCACAACAGUGCAGGCACUAUCUGAUGUGCUUUUGAAAAGAGUUAAGGAGGCGCCAGACCUUGAUGUACAGGAGGAAACCUUGUUGAAUGCCGCUAAGAACAUUGAACAAGAGAUCUUUGCACUUUUUUACCAUACUGAUGCAAGAUACAAAAAGAAAUAUAGGAGUAUUCUAUUCAAUCUGAAGGACCCCAAUAAUAAGGUUCUCUUCCGCCGCCUUGUUCUAGGAGAGAUCACCCCACAGCACUUAGCUUCUCUGAGCUCAACAGAAAUGGCAGGAGAUGAGUUAACCAAUUGGAGGAAUGAGGAGAAAAAACAUGUCCUGGAUAUGAUCGAAAAACAAGAGAGAGAGCAUCAGCAAAUUCAGGUCACCAAGUUAACCCACAAGGGUAUUAUAGAAAUUGAUACAAAUCCUGAUCAAAACUGGAGUUUGGAGGAUCUUAUAGGAUCUAAUUGGCUGUCUGAUGCAGCUACUCUGGCAAAUAAGGGUAAUAGAGAUAGCACCUUACAACACAAAAGUCACCUCCUGGAUCUUGACUGUCUCAUUUGCACUGGGCAAGCAAAUCCUACGGACCAAUUAAGCCAGCAGACAUGUACACGUCUAUAUACCACACAAAUGCAGCUAUCCAACUGUCUAGAAGAUGGGAAUAAUUGUUCCCCCAAUUCUGGAAAGAAAGGCCAGAGCAUGUAUGAGGGUAUUCCAUGCACAUCAAAAAUGACUACAGAAGAAACAGGCUUGUGGAAAGGCUACAUCCAGAUGUUCUCUAUGAAACAAUUCAAAGUUACAGCCUAUAAAGUUUGUGGAUACAGCACCCAACUCUGUCAGGAACUGCCAAAGGUAAUAACAUCUAAAGGCUGCAUCUCUCCUGAAUCUGUCUGGGAAUAUGUGGAUCUCAUCUGGCCUGGCUGCUCUCAGGAUAUGUGCUUGAUCAGGUUCAGCCCAAAGAGUUCUCAUGAUGCCAUAGGAUACACUCGUCUUUAUUCAUACUUAAGUCGUAAACUAAAAUAUGGGAUCAUUAGAAGUCACAACAUGGAGGCCUUUGUGGUUCCUCUGUCCGCUAGCCAGCCCAUCCCCCACAGACUACACCCAUUGGGUGGACCAGGUUUGGAAGAUAACCAUCCUAUGCUGCUCAUCGCUGUGCUCCUUCCAUGCCAUCCAUCCUGGACAUCUUGUCCUAGAAGAAAGUCCAAAAAGCAUAAAAAAGUGGUGGAUAUCCCUGAUGACAUUUUCUCUGAAAUCUUAGCAGAUGUGGAAAGAGAAGAGAAGGAGAUGUUGGGGCAGGGUCUCAUAUCGCCAUGCACAUCCUUUAUUAAACAGGGCCCCCCUGAGUUUGAAGGUGUGGGGGAUGAAGUUGCUAUGCAAGAGAUCAGGAAUAGUCUGCAGUAUUUGACAAAAUAUUUACAAUUCUUUGGACAAAAUCCUGGGAUUGCUGGAGAAUUUGAAGGUGUUAAUAUCAUACCUAUGGCCCAGCAAUAUAGUUUUACACCAGCAGCUCCCUCUUUUUCUACAUGGCCCAUGCACUCUUUAUCUGGGCAACCUAGUCUCUAUGAUAUGGUAUCUCCUGUUGAGUCUCCAUAUCCAGUAUCUUAUGACUUUGCAAAUCAGUCUGCCUUUGCACAUCUUUUGUCUUAAACCAGGUAACCAUUGCCUUGUGUUUCAAAAUGGCUGUAACUUUUGAAAGAAAUGUGAAAGAGUUUUAUUUCAAAAUGGUGGACACCAAAAUACACAGUAUUUGAUUUUCUUAUUAUUUAAUAAGUAUAUUAUACUUUAUACUUUAUUUUUGACCCUAUAACUUAACUUGCCAGUAAUUAGGGAUACACCAAUUCCACUACUUUGCCAUUUGGCCAAACCCCCGAAUCCUUCAUAAAAGAUUCAGAAGAAUACCGUUCCGAAACAGACCCCUUAUUUGCAUAUGCAAAUUAGUCAACACAUGGUUAAAUAUUUUCAACUUUCAUGUUUAUACGAUAUAUGUUAUAUCAGUUACAUGAUUUUUAGGAUUUGGUUCGGCAGGCACGUACAUUCACCCGAAUCCGAAUCCUGCUAAAAAAAGCUCAAGCUUGGCCAAAUCCUGAACCAAAUUCUGGAUUCGGUGCAUCCCUACUAGUAAUACACUAUAUGGCAAGCUACCCAGUACUUGCUUCUUUAUUUUAUGUUUAUUUUUCAGCUUAUACCCGCAAACAUAUACCCUUAAAUAUGUAAAAAAACUAAGUGUUUCUUACUUUGGACAGGGAUUUAGGUUUGUUAAUGUUCUUUUUGUUGAAUUUUUAGUAAAAUGGAGAAUCAUGCUAUAUUCACAGGCUUUUAGAUGUUUAUGUGUAUAUAUAUCUAUAUGUAUACAUUUCAAAAUAUCUUCUCUGCUACAUAAACAGUCUUAUUUCAAGUCUCUGAAUGGAAAUAUGAAAAAGGAAUAAUAAAUCAUUGCUCUUGUUAUACCUCC